GAAAAUUUGUCAGAGAUUUUUGUAUAGAAAUAUUAACGAUUAUAAAUUCCGAUGGGAACUGUCUUUUAAAUUACGUUUAAUUGUUUGUCCGAUUCCGCUGUAGAACAACAUUUGCUUCAUUUCAGAACUUAUUAAUUACGAGUCACGAUCUGUGAGUGUGUGACGUAUUUUAAAUUGAUCACUAAUUUCCUACCCGAUUUUGUGUCAACAGACCAAUCGGUAUAGCAGAAACAUUGAGUGUUUAGCAGUAACGUAAAAUCUCUCUCUAGAGCUUCAGGAAAACUUCUAAUAGCGGGAAGAGAGCCACGACUCCAAACAACAAGAUGUCAAAGAAUCGGACAUCAGGGUCUAAACCAGUGAAACAGAGCGAAGUUAAGAAGAUAAGUGUAAAGCCAUUAAUGCCCCUGCAGAGACUUAACUCAAACAAAAACAAUGAUCUUUCAAUUGAUAUCUCCGGAAAUUCUCCAAAAGAGAAAUCACAGCCGCCCGGAUCAAUACACGACAUUUUAGAGAAGAUGAAAGUGUCGCCGGAUUCGCCAGAUGCAAAGGCCGGUAAACUAGCUGCAGAACGGUGGAAAACUAGAACCGCAAAGCAAAUAUACGAUGAUUUCUGCUCCGAGACAAGCUUCUCAGCCCUGACACGUAUACAUAAAUCCUCCAACUGGUGCAAGAGGUUGUUGUGGGUAUUAGCAUGUCUGACAAUGUUUACAUGGCUCAUCAUACAGUGUAUUUGGCUGUUCAAUAAAUAUCUCAGUUAUCCUGUAGAGGUUAAGAUAGAGGUGAAGGCUGUCCCUAACCUGGUGUUUCCAAGCGUGACGGUUUGUAAUCUGAAUCCCCUGAAAAGAAGCCAGUCGCAUAAGGGACCGUUCAAAGAUCUGGAAGAUUACUUUACACUAGAUGACUCUGAUAUGCUGUAUGACGACUUUAUCGACGACCAAAGAAGGGAAUGGUUUGAGGGAAACGAGACAUAUCAUGAUGACGAUGACUUUAUGAAGCAGUACAUGAAACAAAAUUCAUUCAAUAAAUGGGAUGCUUUGGAAAAUGACACGGAAAUUGCCGAGCAGUUUUACUCGGAAAUGGAUGAUUCACACAUGGCUUCGUUUGCAUAUUCGUUAACAGCGGCACAAUUGAGUACGGAUGAAUUCAAGAAGUAUGGGCACCAGAAAGCAGAUUUAAUAUUGUCGUGUACAUGGAAGGGAAUAUCGUGUUCGCCAGCGAACUUUACAUAUCACCGGAGUCAACUGUAUGGAAACUGUUACACAAUCAACACGUUUGAUAACGGUAAUACAGCUCUGUCAACAAAUUAUGCCGGACCACUGAUGGGUCUUGUGCUGGAGCUAAAUAUAGAACAGGAUGAGUAUUUAGCUGCCCUAAGUCCGGAUGCCGGUGUUAGAAUUGCUAUCCACCCUAGAGGGACAUAUCCAUUCCCGGAAGAUGAAGGAAUCUCGGUACCCCCGGGAUUUAAAACUUCCAUCGGGAUCUCAAAGACUGAACUUACCCGUCUGCCCCCACCCCACGGGGAAUGUGGUGGAAGUGGAAGGGACGUUACGAACUUGUACGCCAGGGAUUUUGGGACGUCAUACUCAAAGCAAACAUGUCUUAAAUCAUGCGUUCAACAGAAACUCUUAGAAAUAUGUGGAUGUGUGACGUCAUACUUUUAUGUUCCUGAAAAUGUGUCCGUUUGUUCGACUGUUGGCAACGGAACUGAUGGCGCGUGUAUGGAGGACACACUUUGUAAACAACUAGACGAAUGUAAUAGUAGAUGUCCGACUCCAUGUCAAGAAUCCAAGUUUGAAUUUACAACUUCCAUGUCGAAAUGGCCAUCAGAGCAAUACGAGGAUCAUCUGGAUGCUAAGAUAAGUAAAUCUAUGAGCAUGUUUAUGGACGAGGAUGACCGAUCUGACAGUGAAGACACGCUGACAAAGGUAGAAAUAUACUUCAGGGAACUUGUCUACGAGAAGAUUGAACAACAAAAAGCCUACGAGUCUCAGAAUUUGAUAUCUGAUAUCGGAGGUCAGCUUGGUCUCUGGCUCGGACUGUCAGCAAUUACUGUUGGAGAACUGAUUGAGUUCUUUGGCUCGCUCGGAAAAGUGAUAUGUGCACGAUGUUUUAAAAAGAAGACUCAUCCAAACAUUGAUAACAGUGAUAAACAAAGCUUUGCAUAAAUAAACACUUCAAAGAUAAAAAAUACAUCAAUUAUUGAACAUCUGUCUAUUGAAAUGACAGUGUCAUAAAACUCCUACAUUUACAAUGUCAUAUAUUUAC